CGAAAUUAGACGGCGGAUCUUGGAGAGGCGGCCGGACGAUGCUCGAGUUCCAGAGCGCCGUUGACGACGUUGUCGCUGCCACGUAUGUCCCAGCGACCAUGGAGCUCAUCGCUCUUGGCUCGACGUGCGUGCUUCGGCAUAAGGUUCGCCCAAGUGCACAGGCCACGACGCCGCUCUGGCGCCACGGCGCCGACGUCGACGUACAUGGAAGCCGGCUCCUUUGCAGCACGAACGAGUACAUUCUUCUACAGCUGGCCGGCGACGCUUCUCUCGCGCUCUAUAACGCUGGCGCUGACACCAUGCUCGUCGAGGCGAUCCCGUCAUCGCUACAGCAGCCCUUUCUUGUCGCAGCCAUCUCACCUACUGGCGCGACCGUCGUCCUGCUCGCCUCCGACCACAGCGCUGCCGUGCGAUGGCGCGUACGAUCUUUAGGUAAGCAAGCAAGCGUCGAGCCCUCCGCGUGGUCGAGCAUCUCGCUGCCUGUGGCAUGUGGGACGUCAUGGGCCGCGCCAUUGCACUCGCGUCUCCUCGGGUCUGUCUUUGCCGUCGGCCACGUAGCGCUGCAAGCAGUCGCGCUCGACGUGCACACGACCUACAUGUGCGACGACGACGACGGUAGUAUCGUUUUCGACACGCGAGUGCGCUCGCUGUCGCGGCCGUCGGCGUCAACGAGUGUCUUGUCAGUGGCCUUGCACGGACCGAGCCAAUGCCUCGCCAUCGUCGUUGCGCCGUCCACCGUCGUCUUUGCUUCGAUCGCCACCGACCACGAAGUGACGUAUGCCACGCCCGAGACCAUCAUGGCGACCGCGUGGCACCCGCGUCUGCCGCAUCUCGUGGUCUCGACGGCGCAAGGCUCUAUCUACGUCGUGCACGGCCACGCGGGUACGGGGAUCAAAGCGCCACUUCUCAUUCUGGCGACCUCCAUGCCACCGGAUCUACAUUUUUCGGUGUUUGGCGACAGCGACCGCGCCAAGCUCCUCGUGCACUCUGCUACGAGCAUACGGUUGUAUGCGCUUCAGGUCGCGCCGCCACCACCGGCGCCAUCGUCAUCGCCACUGUGCAACUCGGCCCCGACGCCCGCGCAACCCGCUUUUGUCUCGGCCUUUCUCAAGGGCCCACCCGCCGACGUCAAUGCGGCCCUCGACGCCUUCCUAGUGUCCAGCUCCCUUUGCAUGGCGACGCAAAGAGAACACUUGCUGCCCAAGCUCGUUGCCGUCGCGGUGCACACGCUGCACCCGCGUGUCACUUGCUUUUCGAUCCGAAGUCUCGUCUUCUUCCUCUUCCACGUGGCGCUUCAUGCGCCCUUGGACUGCAUUGACCGACUCGCCAACCUGCUUCGGGAUGCACCGCCAGCGGACCACUGGGCGCCCAACUACGCCAACCUCUUUGAGCAGCUGCGAGCGCCGAGACGCCCGCUGCCGUACGCGCCCGCCGUUGCCGCGUACCUCGCGACCUUGGAUGUCGACCCGGCGCACACAAGAGCGCUUGGUAGCUAUGACGUCGCGGCUGCAUGUCGCCUCGCCGACGUGGCCUGGCUCCGGCAACAGCCCCACGAUGUUGCGUACCUGCAAGCACUCGGCUGUGUCCUUGCAUUGCACUACUUGGGGCUCACACCCCACAUGCUGCUCGGGCGGCAUCUCAUGGCCCUGACCUUGUGGGCCGAGCUGCCCCCCGUCGCCCAGUGGUCCCGCCCCGCAGCGCUUCAACUCGUGGCGAAGCUCGAAGCGCUGUGUCAUUUCGUACUUCAGAUGGGCGCAACGUUCACAACAGCGAGCACUGAGUCGUUUCUCCGCGACCUCUGCGCCGAGCGGUCUUCGCUCCACCUUGUCGUCUGCGCACGGUACAUGGCGACCGUCCUGCACGUGUACCGGACACUGCCAGUGCUCUCGGACCUUGACGUCACCGGCGCGAUCGCCGACGUCGACGGUCUGCACACUGCGUCGCCGUUCCUUGCUGCCUAUCGGGUGGAUACGACCAAGUGUGCGUGUGUUGCGGUGGCCAGUGCGCGCGAGGCGGCUGCGACUGCCUUUGUCGUCCGGCGCCUCCAUGCCGUGCGCGCGCACUUGGCGGCCAGCGACCACGGGCUGCCCUGUCUCUUUGCGCUGCUCGGAACAGGCGCGCCGCCGCUGUACCAUGUGGCCAAGCUGUUGCAACCGAGUUUGCCGCUGCUGGGCCUGACAACGUCGGCGCCAUCCACCUAUGCACCAUGUGCGGCGACGAUUGCGCGGACGGUCGUGUGGACGGUGUGGGCUGCUGUGGCGCGAGACGCCGCCGCGAUUUCGCUGCGCGCCAAGCUCCCGGGUGGCAUUUGGCACGUCGUUCGAGUGAACUGCCACAUCUUUGGCCUCUCGGUCGCCGACAGUCGAAGCGUGCAGCUGGCGGCGCUGCACGAAAGCCUCUCUUGGACGUCGACGCCGUUGGAGACGGCGCAUGCUCUGGCCUACCUCCGAGCAUCCUCGAUAGCUCCCACACGCCUGACGAAGCGCGAGCAGCGUCUCGUAGCUGAAGUCAACCUUCGCAUCGGGUCCAACUACGUAGAAACCAAACAAGCGCUUCUCGAGCGACAGCUUGGGGCAGUUGGUGGCGCCCUGCGACUGGUUCGUGGCGACGCGCUCUUUUGGCAUCUGUGCCAGCAAAUGGGACUCGACAGCAGCCCGAGCCGCGUCACGAUAAUCGAAGAUCGCGCCGACGACGUGCAGAGCUACUCGGAUGCGAUCUCGCGCUUGGAAGUCCUCGAGCUGCUGCACGCGCAGGAGACCGCGCUCGCCCACCACGUCGUUGCCACCACCAAGACACUGGUUCAAGCGAGUAGACCACCGCCGAUCGCGACAAGCUGCCAGGCGACCGCGACCGACGCGGUGCCGCAGACAACCACUGCAACCCAAGUCCACUCGACUGCAAUUCCCCGCGUGCUCUUGAAGCUGCGUUCCGACACCGCACUCCCGACGCCACCCGCGACGCUUGCCAAGCGCUCGCGCUCGACGUUGGGGAGACCACCGUCUUCCGAAGCAGCGCCGAGUUGCCCACAAAACGAAGCCAUUGCACAAGCCCCCAUCUCGUCCAAGCAAUCGUCCCGUAAUGUGCUCCAGCUUCUACAGCUGCAAAAGGCCAAACUUCGAGAGCCAGCCGCGGUGCCUCGGUCACUCGAGCGCGCCCGCACGAUGGUGCCGCCGCCGCCCCUCGUGCAGCCGCUCACAUUUAGCGGCCACGAUCCGUCGACCGCCCAUCUCAAGCUCCUGCGGAAGGCCGCAAGCAUGACCAGCGUCCCGUUACGGCCAAAGACGUUUGAGCCGCAUGUGCGUAGUGCGCGCGUCGUCCUCCCGACUGCAGUUUCCGAUGCGACACCGAUCCAAGAUGCCAGCAGUCAAACAGCAAAGGCCGAGGACAUCGUCGAGCCACCGACGCGUUUGGUGCAGGAGACGGCGACCAACACGGAGCGUCACGACGUUGACGUGGACAGUACACAGACCGAAGCGACGAGCUUUAUCGAGCCCAUUGCCGUCAAAAAGCCGCCGCCGUUCCCUGUGUUUGUGCAGCUGCAGUCCAAGCAGCCCGCACCCACGUACCUGCGCGUUAUGGAUAUAGCACCGUCGACGCCGACACCGGUUGUGGCAUCGCGCGACACACUCGCUGUCGCCUAUGAGGCUGUCACCGCUGUCGAGGGCCCCUCUGAGGGAUCCGCACCGACGGCGGCCUCGCCACCGGCGCCCGAUGCACCACCGAUCGACACGACGAGAAGCGAGGCGAGUGUUGAGGGUGAGACGCCAUCGCUAGCGAGCGAGGCACCGGUCGGACUUGCGCGCUUCUCGUCGAUGAAGCAGCAGCUUGACGACAUGCGGAAGCGGCUUGCUGACAUUGAGCAGUUUGCCGACGCUAUCGACUCGGACUUUACGGCCUCGCACGAGAUGAUGAACCGCAUCGAGGUGCGACGACGCGCGAUGAUGCCAAGUACGUUUGCCAAGCAGCUCUCCGCCCUCGAGGCCACGCACACGCACCUCGCGUCGUCGAUCGCCAGUACCAAGGCCAAGCUCACACCGUCGUCGCCAGCGCCGCCGCGAACAAGCGUGUUGGCGACAGAAGCGGCCGCCAACGUGGCCGAUGCAACGAGACUACUCCAGCAGCUCGAGGCUUCGUUGCUGCCGCCUACCACUACGAACGCUUGAGCCUCAAGAGUAUUCUAACAUCGACCAUCUAGUUCA